AUGAUUAAACAACAGCAACUUAAGGCGCAAAGCGCCCAGGUCCUUCAGACCAUUACAUACGCCAUAUAUGCAUAUAAUUCAAAGACGGCAGAACAAACGCAAAGGUUGAAAUAUGGAGAUUUGGAGAUAGUAUUGAAAAAUGACCAUUUCGAAUUCGUUUGCAAAGGUGGUGCAGUGAUAUCAAAUAUAAAAGAAAUUUUAUUUAUGAAUUCAAAAAUUAAAGGAAUAACGGAUGAUAUAACAUCAAUUCCACCAGAAGAACAGAGAUAUUACGCAUUAAAUGCAUUUCCUAAAGUUUUGAAGAUUGGAAGAUUUAAUUUAAAUGAGGAAUUCAUAGAAGGUUUCCUAAACGACAUAAUGAAGAAGGUGGAUAAGGAAUAUGUGGAUAGUGAAUUAAAUAAGAAGGCAAAUUUGGUUUAUGUUGAUGAAAAAGAUAAUGAAAUUAAAGAAAAGGUUGAAUGGUAUCAUGAAUGGACAUCGGAGACUUUUAAAGUUAAAGCUGAUACAGGAUGGGUUUCAGGAUGUUUAGACCUUAAAGCAGAUAAAACUUAUGUUGAUGAAAAAGAUAAUGAAAUUAAAGAAAAGGUUGAAUGGUAUCAUGAAUGGACAUCGGAGACUUUUAAAGUUAAAGCUGAUACAGGAUGGGUUUCAGGAUGUUUAGACCUUAAAGCAGAUAAAACUUAUGUUGAUGAAAAUUAUGCAAAGAAGUCGGAAGUAAAUGAUGUGAUUACAAGCAUGAAAAAUGAAAUACUUCAAACAUUAUAUCCUGUUGGUUCUAUUUAUACGUCAAUGAAUUCAACAAAUCCCGCAACAGUUCUGGGUUUUGGUACGUGGAAGCAGAUUGUAGACAAAUUCUUAUACUGUGCUAGAUAUUCAAAGCAAACAGGAGGUUCGAAGAAAAUUAAAGAAGCAAACCUUCCACCGCACACUCAUACAGGAACUACAAACUUUUCUGGCGACCAUAGCCACUUAUUAAGAGACCACCCAUUAUACAACUCAGAAUAUAGAGAUGGCAAUGAUGUUUUAUCUCCAUCUUAUAACAAUGCAGCAAAAAAGAUUUUUCGACCAACUGAACCAGGAGGAAAUCAUUCACACACUUUCACAACAAAUCCAACAGGCUUGGGUAAAGAUUACAUGCCACCAUUUGUGACUGUAUUCGCAUGGUACCGCGUUCAAUGA